AUGCCUUUCCCGGCAACUCCAUCACCAUUCCGCCUCGCCCGUCGCAACCCAUCCACGCGCCGCAGUGGCCCUCAGUUCGCCUCCACACCCCGGUUUCUACUAUCACAAAGUGUCGCACAGAAGGAAGAUGAUGAUCUUGAUCUCAUAGAUGAUGACGGGCCAUCUUCAACGCGUAAAGUCGCGAGUAACCUGCCUGUUACCCAAACUGCCCCCGGCUCGCGUCAACAACGCGACGUGAUUGAGGACUCUGAUGAUGCCGCAGGCAUAGGAGAUGUGCAAACCGGAGGGAGAGAUGCGGACGAACUACCAGACGAUGCCAUAAACAGCACUCCCCCCGAAGAAGCAGAGACUCCGGGAAUCCUGGACGCUGAGUUCGACGCGCUGUUUUCGCCGGUCAGGGAUGGGAAUAAACGGCGUCGUGUAGAGGGGGUGGCACCCUCCCAUCGAAGAAAUCUGACACAUAUCGAUCCAAUAUUGUCAUCACCACCCGAAUCCGUGGAUCCUCCAGCCGAUCCCAUCGCUUUAUCUGAUAAAAGCAGGCAAAGCACUACGGCAUGGGACAUGGGUAUGGAGAGAAAUCCCGCACCGAGUGCAUGUCUAUUUGCACAAGCCGCAUCGACCCCAAGCAAUAUGAAAACACCAUUCCGCAGUCGUCCUCGAUUUAUGCUUUCCUCGGCGGCGAGGCCUCCCAGCAGCCAGUCCGCGCCCAGAUUCAAACUAGACGAACCAGGCAUAUCGCCGUCUGAGAGACGAAAACCGGUUUUUGUUUUGCCUCGCUCGCCGUCGCCGAAUCCGGAUGCAGAGGAUAUCCCUGCACCCUUCUCUCCUUCCUCGCGCACACUGCAUCGCCGUGGUCGAAACCGAGCCGGUGUGUCCAAUUACAUCCCUGGCGGAAUGGCCGCUGAGGCACGCGGUUGGAUCUUAGAAAUGGGGACGAAACGUGACCAGCUUCCAAAACCUCCCUUGGGCCAGGCCUCAGACUCGCCGGAAAAGCCGAAUGCAUAUCUCCUAACUGCGCGUGUUAUUCAUGUCAGCCAGUCAUCUAUGAGUGGCUGUGGCUCUCUGUCCUUUCUUCAAGCGGAACUACUUACUGGGAAUCAUAUACAAGGGAGAAAUCCUGAUCCUGUCUUGAAUAUCAUGAUUAUGGGAACUUCCCGAUCUAAAUCCGUCGUGCGUCAAAAUCCCUCGCGUUCUGAUGCAAUUACAACACCCCAACUGCGAAAAGGGGAUUUAGUGGGGAUUCACAAAGGGCUCAACUGGAGUUUGGAGCUCGGGAAUGACUCCUACGAACGUCGGUCACCUGGUCAGGUAUCUGGUUACGUUUCGGAGCGUGGUCCAUCUGACAAUGGCGCAUCUCUAGAGACAAAAGAGGGCUGGCUCAUAGCCAUGGAAUGGGACCUCAUUGGAGCAGCUGAAUGA